AUGCUGGGCACAACAAGUGCCAGCAAGCAGGAGCAGGACCGAGCCCUGGCUGCGGCGCUUGCUGGCAUCCUGUGGGCUGCAGGAGAAGCUCAGAAGGCCACCAUCUGUCUUGUCACUGAGGACACUUACAUCACCUCGACUCCUGACUACUCUGGGGACAGUUUCACUGAGCGGCUCCAGCUGUUUGAGUUUUCAAAGAAAGAAGCCACUGAGAAAUUCAUCUAUGAUCAUUUACAAUGUUUCAAAGGGGAAGGAAGCCAUGGUGUCAUCCUGUUUCUUUACAGCCUCAUCUUCUCCAGAACAUUUGAAAGGCUUCAGAAGGACCUAGAUGUCUCCACUGUUCAUCUGCUACGACCAACGGCCGGAGGCUUUCUGUGCAGGCAGGCAGUUUUGAACAUGGUUUUAACUGGAAGAGCAAAUCCAAAUGUCUUCAAUGGCUGUCAGAAUGGAAAUUCUCAAGAAAUGUUACAUGGAGUCUUGACCCGCAGUGACAUUGGCUAUUUACAGUGGAGUAAGAACACCUCAGAAGAGGAUAGGCUUUCCCAGGUGGGCAGCAUGCUGAAGACUCCCAAAUUACCUAUUUGGCUGUGCAACAUCAAUGGAAAUUACAGUGUCCUUUUUAGCACAAACAGGCAGCUCUUAUCAGAUUGGAAAAUGGAGCAUCUCUUUGAUCUGCACUUUUACAGUGGCCAGUCCUCAGAGAAAAAGCUCGCGCGUCUUACAGUAGAUACUCACUCCCAUCACUGGGAGAGGGACCAAUGUGAGGAUGAAAAGAGACCAGGAAAAUGGUUUUCUCCAGUGGAGAUGGUGAUCAGAACCAAGUGGAGAGAGGCCACCAUCGACUGGAAUGGAAGUGUUCCCUUUUUCUAA